GAUACAUUCCAGCGGAGAAAAUCUGCAGAAACAAGACUGUUGAACAGAGAAUGUAGGAAAAAUGGGAUGAAAGCAGGACAGAGACGAGCCCAGGAGGAAACGGAAAUAAUAUUUAAAAAGAAGAAAAGGAGAACAUGGUGUUCCAACACUACUUGCUGAUGCUGCUAUUGGUCAGCGACCAUGAACUGAUUACAGGUGGUGGAAUUAGCAUCAGUCCUUUUAUAAAGCGUUAUGAGGUCUUAUCAUAUGACAGAGGGGAUCUCCACAGGAAGCACUUAAGGGCCAGGAGGGACACACAACCUCUUGAAUAUACACUGGAUUUGAAUUUUACUGCUUUUCAUCGAGAUUUCCGUCUGCUAUUGAGGCAGGAUCCUGGUGGGUUUUCAGAAGAGUUCACGGUGGUCAGUGAAAAUGGCCCAGCAUCGCCGGACCUGUCCCACUUAUACUCAGGAACAGUAGAAGGAGAGGAUGGAUCGUCCUGCUACGGCUCUGUAUUACAGGGACAGUUUGAGGGAACCAUCCAUACCACCAAUGGCACUUACCACAUAGAGCCUCUUCACAGAUACACCAACAGCAUAGCAGAUCAUCACUCCAUCAUUUACCAGGAAGAGGAUCUGGUUCUUCCACACAUGAUGUCGCGCACUGAUGGAUUCUGCGGUUCCAAUCAUCUUAAUGCCCUCACUGAAAAAUUCAGCCAGGAGGCACCAGUGAGCCGUACGAGGAGAACAGUUGAUGAGUCGAAGACUAGCUGUCUGCUCCACCUUCACGCUGACUACCUCUACUACAAGAAGUUCAAGUCUGUUGAAGCUGUUGUUGCUCAGGUUGCCCUUUAUAUGCGGGCAGUGAAUGACAUCUACGACAAGACUGACUUUAAUGGAAUCAAGUUGAUCAACUUCAAAAUUAAGACCCUUAGAGUGAUGACAACACAAAACAAGAAGGAUCCUCUUAAUCGACUGUUUAUUGGACCGGAAAGUCUGUUGAGUCUUUACUCUGAGAACAACUGGGGAAACUACUGCUUGUCCUAUCUGCUCACUAACAGGGACUACAGUGGAGUAUUGGGGCUCGCAUGGGAAGGCAAGGCUGGUAACUGGGGAGGAAUAUGUUCACAGUAUACGGGCCUCCGUAAUGGCCGUAUGUCCACCCUGAAUACGGGACUGAUCACGAUUCAGAACUACGGACAGUUCCAGCCUCCUCGACAGGUUCAGUUGACCUUGGCACAUGAACUGGGUCACAGCCUGGGAUCUCCGCAUGAUGAGGGCUCUAAGUGCGGCAACCUUGGCUCCUCUGGUGGCAAAGGCCGCUACCUGAUGUUUCCACACGCCACAGACGAGGUGCGCGAAAACAACGACAAGUUCUCCCCCUGCAGCAUUAAACAUAUCAGCAAGAUCCUGAAUCUGAAGAAAGAUGAGUGCUUUGCGGUCAAUGAUCAGCCCAUCUGUGGAAACCGUAUUGUGGAGGAAGGUGAGGAGUGUGAUGUCGGUCACAAUGACACAGAUCUCUGCUGCUUCAGUGCUAGAGAGGUUGUAGGAGUCCAGUGUCGACUUAAGCCUGGUAAAGUCUGCAGUCCUAGUCAGGGCCUGUGCUGCGGUCCGAACUGUGAGUUCAAACCUUUGGGUCAGAUGUGCGAAGAGGAGGCCGACUGUGAAAAGGAGAGCAUGUGUUCAGGCCUCUCUCCAUUCUGCCCUGAACCAGACCCCAAGGACAACCUGACAGUCUGCAGCGAGGGCACACGCGUCUGCCUGAAUGGGGUCUGCUCUGAGUCUGUGUGCAUAAAGCACGGCCUGCAGCAGUGUGACUGUCCAGGAUCCAACAUGAAGGAGAAAUGCCACGUUUGCUGCCAGCAGCCUGGUAAGCCACAGACAUGUGCCAGCACCUCCUCCUCGGUUAUGUCCCGUCACUUCCAGAAAAGGUUGCUGCCUCUGGUUGCAGGCGCUCCUUGCUCAGGGAACCAAGGAUACUGUGACAAAUUCCAUGUGUGUCGGCUGCUGGAUGCAGACGGCCCAAUUGCCAGACUGAAGAACUCUUUCCUUCAUUUGGAUGAUUUUGACGAUCUGGGGGAAUGGAUGAAGGCUCAUUGGUGGGCUAUCCUGAUCGCUAUACUGGUACUGUCUGGAGUAAUGGGCUGCACAGUCUGCCUAUGUGGCAGGACCUUGAACACUCGGGACCUGGACUGACCCUUCAUAUAUAUGAUGUUGAUAACAA